CUGAGUUUAUUUAUCAGUGCUCAAUUCCCUAACCUCAAAACAUCACUCAAAACCCAAAACCCUAGAAACACAAAUUCGAUCGACGAAAGUGAUUCCAUGGAUUUGCAACAACAAGACGAUUUCGAUCGCAUUUUGUUCUUCGAGCAUGCACGUAAAAUUGCUGAAACUGAAUACAUCAAAAACCCUCUCGAUGCCGACAAUUUGACAAGAUGGGGUGGAGCUUUGUUAGAGUUGUCUCAGUUUCAGAAUCUUCCCGAGUCAAAAAAGAUGACCCAAGAUGCUAUUUCAAAGCUGGAGGAGGCUCUUACUGUGAAUCCCAACAAGCAUGAUGCUCUUUGGUGUUUGGGAAAUGCUCUGACUUCACAAGCAUUUUUGAACCCAGACCCUGAUGAGGCUAAAGUUCAUUUUGACAAAGCAGUUGUGUACUUUCAACAAGCUGUUGAUGAGGAACCUUCAAAUGAACUUUACCGCAAAUCGUUGGAAGUGGCUGCUAAGGCCCCUGAGCUACAUGUUGAAAUCCAUAAGCAUGGAUUAGGUCAGCAAUCAGCAGGCGCAACUGGGCCUUCUUCUUCUUCUGGUACAAAGACUCAAAAGAAAAAGAAGGAUGAUACUUUCAAGUUUGACGUACUUGGAUGGGUAAUCCUUGCUGUUGGCAUUGUUGCAUGGGUGGGUUUCGCAAAAUCAAACGUGCCACCACCACCUCCCCCACCUCCACGAUAAGUGAAGCCAUUUGAUUUGAUACAUUGUUGGUUAAUGAGAAUCACAUUUGAUUUGCGCCGCCGCUUAUUAUUUUGUUUUUGACUGUUGUAAUGUUUUUUCAUGGUGUAACCAUUUAAUUAUCCAUCAUAUGAAAUUUUAUCUUAUUAUAAUUGGGUUGAGUAGUUAUCAAUGAUGGUACAUAGGUUCACCCAUAUAAUUGGAUUGAGUAGUUGGCUGACAUUUGGUUUGAAGAAAUUUCUGAUUCACAUCUAAAUAAAAACAUUUUUGUUCUCUA